UUAUAGCAUAGAAAGAAAAAUAUUUGGAUGAGUGAUUUUAGGCCUAAACUUACCCUAAAUCACUACUCUCCCUUAGAUCAAGAAGGAGAGAAAAAGUGGCGACGGCUAAAAUUAGAAGAGGAGGAGAAGAAAAUGCUCGAAAGAGAUCUUCAAAAUUAAUACUGUAACUAACACUACGAUUCAUGCUAUUUUUUCUCAAUAAAACUCGCUAUUAUUUUGCUCACGUUCCCUUUAUUAUCGGUUAAUAAACUCUCCUCUACAUAAACCCUACUACCUUAGUCCAUGUAACGCAGUAAUUUCACAACGUUUCAUUUCUUAUUCUAAGCUUUCCAAAAUCAACAACAAUGUACAAGGUAGCUAAGGCAUCAGAAUUCCUUGCCAUAACCGGAGUCGGAAUCACAGACAUCAAGCUUGCAAAGAAAGCAUGGAUUCUCCCCGGUCAAUCAUGCACUGUCUUUGACCUCUCACCGGUAAACUACACCUUCCAAGUUCAAGCUAUGAGCGCUGAAAAACUCCCUUUUGUUCUCCCUGCCGUCUUCACUAUCGGUCCACGAGCUGACGAUCGGGAAAGCCUUCUUAAAUACGCCAAACUCAUCUCAGCACAUGAUAAACACUCCAAUCAUGUCAAUGAACUCGUUCAAGGAAUCAUUGAAGGCGAGACACGUGUCCUUGCUGCUUCAAUGACGAUGGAAGAGGUUUUCAAAGGAACUAAAGAGUUUAAACAAGAAGUAUUCGAGAAGGUUCAACUCGAAUUAAAUCAAUUUGGUUUAUUGAUUUACAAUGCGAAUGUUAAGCAAUUGGUGGAUGUGCCGGGUCACGAGUAUUUCUCAUAUCUGGGGCAAAAGACACAAAUGGAAGCGGCAAAUCAAGCUAGGGUUGACGUGUCAGAAGCCAAGAUGAAAGGUGAGAUUGGUUCGAAGUUGAGGGAAGGCCAAACGCGGCAAAAUGCAGCUAAAAUUGAUGCCGAGACGAAAGUUAUAUCGCUUCAGAGGGCUGGAGAGAGUGAUAAGGAAGGAAUUAAAGUGAGGACUGAAGUGAAAGUUUUUGAGAAUAAGAGAGAGGCUGAGGUGGCUGAGGCUAAUUCUGAAUUGGCUAGGAAGAAAGCGGCUUGGGCUAAGGCGGCUCAAGUGGCCGAAGUUGAGGCUGCUAAAGCUGUGGCUCUUAGAGAAGCCGAGUUGCAAGGGGAAGUUGAGAGAAUGAAUGCUUUGACUACUACCGAGAAACUAAAAGCUGAGUUCCUUAGCAAAGCUAGUGUCCAAUAUGAAACCAAGGUACAAGAAGCAAACUGGGAGCUGUACAAGAAACAAAAGGAGGCAGAAGCAGUUCUGUUUGAGAAGAAGGCAGAGGCAGAAGCACAGAUAGCAUUGGCAGAUGCUACAUUUUAUGCUCGCAAGCAAACAGCUGAAGCAGAGUUAUAUGCAAAGAAAAAGGAGGCAGAGGGAAUUAUGACACUUGGACAAGCUCAGGGAGUGUAUGUAAGUACACUUUUCAAUGCACUUGGAGGAAACUAUUAUGCUCUAAGGGACUAUUUGAUGAUUAAUGGUGGCAUGUAUCAAGAAAUUGCAAAGAUUAAUGCUGAAGCAAUACGCGGACUUGAGCCUAAGAUUAGUAUUUGGAGUAAUGGUGGUGAUAGUGGUGGUGGAAUAACCGAAGGGGGUAUGAAAGAAGUUGCUGGUGUGUACAAGAUGUUACCACCUCUGUUUAAGACUGUCCAUGAGCAAACUGGGAUGCUGCCUCCUGCUUGGAUGGGAACCUUCUCUGACAAGAAAACCUCUGACAGGAAAACUUAAUUAGGAGGAUGCAACUUUUAGGAUUAAGUACUACCUUUUAUUGUGUUUUACAUGAGUUUGAUUUACUGGUCUUUUAUUAGUUUUAGGUUCAAAAUUUUAUA